CACAAACACACGCAAAUGGACUCCUCAAACGUCUGGCAUUCCCUGUGGACUUUCACAGACCUAGCAGCACACCAGAGCCUCUGAAGGGUCUCACAUGCAUCUCACGUUCCUCCUCAUGACCCACAGGUAUGUUGUUUUAAAGCUUGCUUUUUGCUCUCUGCCUUCCUGUCCACUUACAGAGCCUUUUCUCCUCACAGGCUAUGGCCACACAGUGCCCUUGUCAGAUGGGGGCAAGGCCUUCUGCAUCAUCUACUCAGUCAUCGGCAUCCCCUUCACCCUCCUCUUCCUCACUGCCGUGGUCCAGCAAGUUACUGUACAUGUCACUCGGAGACCUGUCCUCUACUUCCACAUCCGCUGGGGCUUCUCCAAGCAGGUGGUGGCCAUUGUCCACGCUGUCCUCCUGGGGUUCAUCACCGUGUCCUGCUUCUUCUUCAUUCCGGCUGCCGUGUUCUCAGUCCUGGAGGAUGACUGGAACUUCCUGGAAUCCUUUUACUUCUGUUUCAUCUCUCUCAGCACCAUCGGCCUGGGGGACUAUGUUCCAGGAGAAGGUUACAACCAGAAGUUCAGGGAGCUGUACAAGAUUGGAAUCACAUGUGAGUGCCUGGGGUGAGGCUAUACC